GUUUUAGGUAAACAUUGUUCUUGAAAGCUGGUCCAGCACUCUGUUCCAUACGGCCGCCUGGAAGCCAGUAGCAACUAGAUGGCUGGCUGGCUGAGGCUGCUGAGCCGAAAAUUGUCUAGCAUGUCACGACCUUGCGUGAUACGUGUGUCCCAUUAUCAGAUGUCUCAUGACAACAGAAUCAUCUAGGGUCAUACGUAUCUGGCACGAGGAUCGUCGUAUAGCAUUAAUGCUUAUGACAGAAUCAGGGCCGCCAAGCUUGAACAAUCGGGAAACAUCCGAGUCCGUGCCCCUUUCAAGCUUAACCUUGUGGCGACCUUCGUCUUGACUUCCACUAUCAUGCGAAAACGGUGGCAGUGUAAUCUAUGCAACCGUCCAUUUCGUUCCACUCGUGCAUUGUUUACCCACUGUCGCGACAAAGCUGACCACCCCUUCUGCGAGGAUUGCCAGACGUUAUUCUAUAAUUUUGCUGGACUGUAUCAGCACUGGAAUGAAGUAGACGAGUAUGCGUUCGGGAGCGACGAUGACGAAGAUGAUGUUGAUGGCGAAGAACCGCCGUUCUGCGUGGGAUGCAACAGGUGGUUUGUUGACUUGGCAAAUCUUUAUCAGCACCUUGCUACCAGCUUAAAGCACAACUGGUGCUUUUUGUGCUCGCGCGAUUUUGCCACCCCAACUUCAUUGGAUCAACACUCAUCCCCUGUGCACAAUGGCCUGGAUUUCGAGUGUCCUCUGUGCUCAAAGAUAUUUAAGAUUCCUUCCUUGAUCGCCCUUCACAUUCAGUCGGGGGCUUGUCACAAUAUCUCACGAGCCCAAGUAACAGCGGCAGUCCAUGCACUCAACAUAGUGCCUUCGAUUUCGGUCUCUCGCCACAUAGAAGGCGGAUCGACCCGUGUUGCGUCUUACUAUGUGACAGAGCGCGCAUUCAACGGCACUGCUUACGAGUCUCUGAACUCCCACAUCAACUCUCCGGCGCAUGAUGCGGAUGAGUUCAAGUGCCCAAAGUGCGAGAGGAAGUACAAGUUUGUUUCAGGCCUGAUGCAGCACAUUGAAAGCGAAGCAUGUGGGGUCGCGAGGUUCGAAGUGGUGGAGGACUUUACGAUGAGCUUGAUUGACCAGUUACUAUGAAGCGCUUGAAACUUUAACUUCGUUGGAAAAGGGAAUAUGUACUGUUAUAAGUGUAACAUACAUGGUGUAUUUCUACGAGAAAGUAAAUCAGAAUUGGUUUGUCUGUUU